CUGGGGAAAAGGUCACAUCGCCCAAGUUUCAGCACAAUGAAAAUAAGGCACUUAUGUGGGCGUGUCCGGGAGGCGGGCCUAGAGAUGGGAAGGGGCGGGACUAGGUGACAGCGUUUUGAGCGUCCUUUUACGCUACAGCUCGGGAUUUUAUUCAGUCGGAUCUGGGCAGAGCCAGCACCUCUUGAGCAGAACCGGAGUCCCGCCAUCCCCCGUGUGUUAGUGGCUGAGCAGUUAUGCCCACGUAUGAAAUGGCUCUGAUCCUCAAGGCUAUGCAGAGGGGUUCCUUACAAUAGGCCACACUACAUGGUAAAAAUCUGAUGGCCUUGGAGAUUGUCGAUUUUUUUUUUUUAAAAGAGUGUACUAAGCACCGGAUAUAACCGGAACCACCGCCAAAGGAAGCAAACCAAAGGACAAAGACUUUUGCACUUCUAUACACUAUUUUAUAUUAACACACGUUGUUUAUUUUAAGAAUUUGUUAAAGCUUGAACACUCAACUAAUCAUGAGAGCUUCAUUGGAAGCGGCGGAUAUUGCCAUAGUGGCAUUGUACUUUGUUCUCGUAUUAUGUUUUGGAUUUUUUGCCAUGUGGAAAUCAAACCGAAGUACUGUGAGCGGAUACUUUCUCGCAGGUCGGUCUAUGACCUGGGCAGCUGUGGGCGCCUCACUGUUUGUCAGCAAUAUUGGUAGUGAACACUUUAUUGGACUGUCCGGAUCUGGAGCCGCAAGUGGAUUUGCAGUGGGUGCUUGGGAAUUAAAUGCCUUGUUACUUCUACAGCUCCUUGGAUGGGUCUUCAUUCCAGUCUAUAUUCGUUCAGGAAUAUAUACUAUGCCUGAGUAUUUAUCAAAACGAUAUGGAGGACAUAGAAUUCAAGUGUAUUUUGCAGUGUUAUCCUUAAUUCUGUACAUCUUUACCAAACUCUCUGUUGACCUAUAUUCAGGGGCAUUGUUUAUUCAAGAAUCUCUGGGAUGGAAUCUAUACUUAUCCGUGAUCUUGCUCAUCGGAAUAACUGCUGUCCUCACUGUCACUGGUGGAUUGGUGGCUGUCAUCUACACAGAUACUCUCCAGGCUUUUCUUAUGAUCAUUGGAGCUCUUACACUUACCAUAAUAUGCUUUGUAGAAAUCGGAGGGUUUGAGGAAGUAAAAAGGAGAUAUAUGUUGGCAACGCCUAAUGUCACCUUAAUUUUACAAACUUAUAACAUUACCAACACAAACUCAUGCCAUGUCUCUCCAAAGCCAGAUGCCCUAAAGAUGUUACGGGAGCCUACCGAUGAAGACAUUCCAUGGCCUGGAUUUAUUUUAGGUCAAACUCCGGCUUCAGUGUGGUAUUGGUGUGCCGACCAAGUGAUUGUGCAGAGGGUUUUGGCUGCAAAAAACAUAUCUCAUGCUAAAGGAUCAACUCUCAUGGCAGGAUUUCUGAAAAUUUUGCCCAUGUUCAUAAUUGUCAUUCCUGGAAUGAUCUCAAGAAUAUUGUUUGUUGAUGAUAUUGCUUGCAUCAAUCCAGAACACUGUAUGGCAGUGUGUGGAAGCAGAGCUGGGUGCUCCAAUAUUGCUUAUCCCCGUUUGGUUAUGAAAGUACUACCUGUAGGCUUACGGGGGCUUAUGAUGGCUGUUAUGAUCGCAGCACUCAUGAGUGACUUGGACUCCAUCUUUAAUAGCGCAAGCACUAUCUUUACUCUGGACAUAUACAAAUUAAUGCGCAAGAGCGCUUCAUCACGUGAGCUUAUGCUGGUGGGAAGAGUUUUUGUAGCCUUCAUGGUGGUCAUCAGUAUUGCCUGGGUGCCAAUAAUUGUUGAAAUGCAGGGAGGUCAGAUGUACCUCUACAUCCAAGAGGUAGCAGACUAUCUGACUCCUCCAGUAGCAGCUUUGUUCCUUCUGGGCAUAUUUUGGAAACGCUGCAAUGAACAAGGUGCAUUUUAUGGUGGGGUGGUUGGCUUUGUGCUUGGAGUUACCCGUCUGAUUCUUGCCUUUGUCUACCGUGCACCAGAAUGCAACCAGCCUGAUAAUAGACCCAGCUUUAUCAAACACGUCCACUACAUGUACAUAGCUACGGCUCUGUUCUGGAUCACUGGUAUUAUUACUGUUAUUGUCAGCCUAUUAACACCACCUCCUACGAAGGAGCAGAUUCGGACCACCACCUUCUGGGCAUUAAAAAACAAGACUGUGGACGAAAAGAACCACAAGGAGGAUUCUUAUAAAGAACAGGAGAAAAAUAUUAUACAGUGCACUGAAAAUAACAUUAAGCAGGCGCUUCCAAAUGGGAAGUCUGAUGAACAGAUUAAAAAUGUUCAAACAGAGGACAUAACUCUGCUCAUGACUAACAAAGAGGAUAGCAAUCCACUGAGCUCUUUAAGUGUCUCCGAAGCAGAGACCCCAGUGGAUUGCUAUUCCAAUGGGCAGGCAGCUCUGAUGGGCCAAGUACCUACAGAAGGGGCUGCCGAGUACCAGAGCAAAUGCUCCAAAUUUUUUGACUGGUUCUGUGGUUUUAAAAGUGAGACUGCCAAUAAAAGGGCCACAAAGGCAGAGGACGAAGCAGCUUGUUUAAAAAUGCUGGAAGAGAAUCCGGUUGUUACACGAGUUCUCAACACUGGACUGGUUUGUGUGUGCUCGGUUGGAGUAUUUAUGUUCCUAUAUUUCUCUCUGUAAAUGUUUUGUUUGACUUUUUCAACAGGACUUAAAUGUGAAUUCCAAGUGUUCUGAUAGCAAAGUAUUGGAGACACUGAAGUCCACACAAGAACAUUCAUACUUCUAAGCUCUUCAAAGUUCUUUGACGGUGUUAUCGCAGAAUCUGGAUUCUGUAUCUGGAUUCACCUAAGAAUAUUGUCCUAUUGUUAUUUCAACCAAAAAUGUAAUUUAUUAUUUAAAAACAGGAAAGUUUACUGGGAGGCCGUUAAAUGUACAUUUUUGUCUCACUUGGUCCAGAGGAAGAGGUAUUGGGCACACCAAAUUUUUCUACAUUUUGUUUUGUAAAAAUUUUUUAGCUUUUAUUUUUGUCUUUUGCAAACUACCUUAACUUUGC